CUUAGUUGUUUUUUUUUUACAUUUUUUAAAAGUGAUAAAUGCAUCUGUAAUGUCCUUAUUAGUCAAAAACGCUUAAGGGAUAAAGAAGCACAUGCUCCCCAGUCAACACUGGAGGAACACACCCCUGAGAUCUGGUGCUGUCGGACCCAGAUUUCCCGCGAAAACGCCGCAGCGCAGGAGGUCAGACCAUCUGGACAGAGGGGGGACUGAGCGAGGCCUACAUCUGGCUUCCGCACGGGCACCAAAGGAAGCUGCAGUGUCCCCCCUACCGCUGUGCAGUGGCGCCUCCCGGAGGCGGAGCCACGCACGAGCGUCGCUGUGAUUGGUGAGGAGCCGCCAGGGGCGGAGACGAUUUUGCCGCCGGCGGGAACUCUGGGUCUCGCGGUUUGGGAGCUCGACCCUCCAGGUGUACCUGGAGCCCUGCUAGCAUCUGCAAGCGGCCGCUUUUCGCCGGUAUCCCGAGCACCAUGUCGUCUCCGGCGUCUACGCCGAGCCGCCGCGGCAGCCGGCGUGGAAGAGCCACCCCCGCUCAGACGCCUCGAAGUGAGGAUGCCAGGUCAUCUCCCUCUCAGAGACGUAGAGGCGAGGAUUCCACCUCCACCGGGGAGCUGCAGCCAAUGCCAACUUCGCCUGGAGCAGACUUGCAGAGCCCUGCCGCGCAGGACACGUUAUUUUCCAGCCCUCCCCAAAUGCAUUCUUCAGCAAUCCCUCUUGACUUCGAUGUUAGUUCGCCACUGACAUAUGGCACUCCCAGCUCGCGGGUAGAGGGAACACCAAGAAGUGGUAUUAGAGGCACACCUGUGAGACAGAGGCCUGACUUGGGCUCCGCACAGAAGGGCCUGCAAGUGGAUCUGCAGUCUGACGGGGCAGCAGCAGAAGAUAUGGUGGCAAGUGAGCAGUCUCUAGGCCAAAAGCUUGUGAUCUGGGGAACAGAUGUAAACGUGGCAGCAUGCAAAGAAAAUUUUCAGAGAUUUCUUCAGCGUUUUAUUGAUCCUCUGGCUAACGAAGAAGAAAAUGUUGGCAUAGAUAUUACUGAACCUAUAUACAUGCAACGACUUGGGGAGAUCAAUGUUAUUGGUGAGCCAUUUUUAAAUGUAAACUGUGAACACAUCAAAUCAUUUGACAAAAAUAUGUACAGACAGCUCAUCUCUUACCCACAGGAAGUUAUUCCAACUUUUGACAUGGCUGUCAAUGAGAUCUUCUUUGACCGUUACCCUGACUCAAUCUUAGAACAUCAGAUUCAAGUAAGACCAUUCAACGCAUUGAAGACUAAAAAUAUGAGAAACCUGAAUCCGGAAGAUAUCGACCAGCUCAUCACCAUCAGUGGCAUGGUGAUCAGGACAUCCCAGCUGAUUCCCGAGAUGCAGGAGGCCUUCUUCCAGUGCCAAGUGUGCGCCCACACGACGCGGGUGGAGAUGGACCGUGGCCGCAUUGCAGAGCCCAGCGUGUGCGGGCGCUGCCACACCACUCACAGCAUGGCACUCAUCCACAACCGCUCCCUCUUCUCCGACAAGCAGAUGAUCAAGCUUCAGGAGUCUCCGGAAGACAUGCCUGCAGGGCAGACACCACACACCGUCAUCCUGUUUGCUCACAAUGAUCUCGUUGACAAGGUUCAGCCUGGGGACAGAGUGAAUGUUACAGGCAUCUAUCGAGCAGUGCCUAUUCGAGUCAAUCCAAGAGUGAGUAAUGUGAAGUCUGUCUACAAAACCCACAUUGAUGUCAUUCAUUAUCGGAAAACGGAUGCAAAACGUCUGCAUGGCCUCGAUGAAGAAGCAGAACAGAAACUUUUUUCAGAGAAACGUGUGGAAUUGCUGAAGGAACUUUCCAGGAAACCAGACAUUUAUGAGAGGCUUGCUUCAGCCUUGGCUCCAAGCAUUUAUGAACAUGAAGAUAUAAAGAAGGGAAUCUUGCUUCAGCUCUUUGGUGGGACAAGGAAGGAUUUUAGUCACACAGGAAGGGGCAAAUUUCGGGCCGAGAUCAACAUCUUGCUAUGUGGCGACCCUGGUACCAGCAAGUCCCAGUUGCUGCAGUACGUGUACAACCUGGUCCCCAGGGGCCAGUACACAUCUGGGAAGGGCUCCAGUGCAGUUGGCCUCACUGCAUACGUAAUGAAAGACCCUGAGACAAGGCAGCUGGUCCUGCAGACAGGUGCCCUUGUCCUGAGUGACAACGGCAUCUGCUGUAUCGAUGAGUUCGACAAGAUGAAUGAAAGUACAAGAUCUGUAUUGCAUGAAGUCAUGGAACAGCAGACUCUGUCCAUUGCAAAGGCUGGGAUCAUCUGUCAGCUCAAUGCACGCACCUCUGUCCUGGCAGCAGCAAAUCCCAUUGAGUCUCAGUGGAAUCCUAAAAAAACAACCAUUGAAAACAUCCAGCUACCUCACACUUUAUUAUCAAGGUUUGACUUGAUCUUCCUCAUGCUGGACCCUCAGGACGAAGCCUACGACAGGCGUCUGGCUCACCACCUGGUCGCACUGUACUACCAGAGCGAGGAGCAGGCAGAGGAGGAGCUCCUGGACAUGGCGGUCCUGAAGGACUACAUUGCCUAUGCGCACAGCACCGUCAUGCCACGGCUAAGUGAGGAAGCCAGCCAGGCUCUCAUCGAGGCUUAUGUAGAUAUGAGGAAGAUUGGCAGUAGCCGUGGAAUGGUUUCUGCAUACCCUCGACAGCUAGAAUCAUUAAUCCGCUUAGCAGAAGCCCAUGCUAAAGUAAGAUUUUCUAACAAAGUUGAAGCCAUUGAUGUGGAAGAGGCCAAACGCCUCCAUCGGGAAGCUCUGAAGCAGUCUGCAACUGACCCCCGGACUGGCAUCGUGGACAUAUCUAUUCUUACUACAGGGAUGAGUGCCACCUCUCGUAAACGGAAAGAAGAAUUAGCUGAAGCAUUGAAAAGGCUUAUUUUAUCUAAGGGCAAAAUACCAGCUCUAAAAUACCAGCAACUUUUUGAAGACAUUCGGGGGCAAUCUGACAUAGCAAUUACCAAAGAUAUGUUUGAAGAAGCACUGCGUGCCCUGGCAGAUGAUGAUUUCCUGACGGUGACUGGGAAGACCGUGCGCUUGCUCUGAAGCUCUGUGAGCAAGGCGGCCUGCAGCCCAGUUAACUGCCAUCAUUGUAUAUAGAGCUUAAAGUCAUGGUUUGGCUACAUAAAAAUUUUCUAACUUAGGUUCAAUAUUUGUAGUGAAGCGUGUGUUUUAUUUUAUUUUUUACAUUAUAAAUAAAACUAUUAUGCUGGCCAGG